CAGCGCCAGCCAUGCGCCGCCGCCCUCGAGGUCAGCUGUCGCUGUUUCACGUCGAGGGUUCUGGGCCGGUGGUGGCACACCUUCAGUUGUUGCGGGCAUAGCUUUCUACGUAGUCCGAGGUUUCUGGGAGUUGGCUGUUCGUCCAUACAUACUUGCAUCUAAUCAUUCUGUUAAUCUGAAGGCUGGCCGGUUCACGCCUUGUUCGUCUCUCUUCUCUUUCGCCAUCCCACUGAAACCGUGUGAGUGACGAACGAGCCGACAUGAAGCCCCAGGAUGCGCUAUACUCCGACGCCCAUCGAGAGGCCGAAAUCCACGAUGAUUCCAUGACCGAGGUCAGCGUGUCGCUCCUCAGCGAGGACGGCGGCAAGCAGCAGUGGAAGCGUGCGGAUAUCGAGGCUGGGCGGCCGACAACACAACCGAGUCGAUGCACGAGGAUCUGUGGCUUCUUUCAGCGCUGGCGCGGGCUCGUCGAUACCCUGAUGCUCUUCGUCAUCGUCGGCCUCCUACUAGAGCGAAGGGAAAUGCAGCCGGCGCCCCGCGACAAGCGUCUCGAGCCCGUGGGCGACCUUACAGGCUUCGCGCCAGAGUUCACCCAGCAAAUCACGACGUUCCACCCAACAACCGACUUCGUCCCCGACGACCCCAAGAAGCUCUUCACCAACGCCUCGAUUCAGGAGAACUGGUUAUCCAUCGUGCCCAGGGGCCUGGGCUACGUCGUCAUGCAAGACCCGGCCGCACACGAUAACCUCCCCGUGCCGCUGCCCGAGUUCGCGCCGCGCACCGUCUUCACAACGUCCAUGACGCACCAGCUGCACUGCUUGUACGCGAUCCUCGAGAGCUACGCGGGGCUCGCCGUCAACGGCAGCGCCGCCGUCGACAUGCACUCCCACAUCCCCGACGGCACCAAGGGCGCCGAAGGGCCGUGGCACCUGCAGCACUGCUUCGAGUACCUCCGGCAGGCCAUCAUGUGCGCUGGCGACGUUGCGCUGGAGGGCACGCAAACGACCUUCCCCGAGGGGUUCACCGGUAGUGACGGGUGGGAUGCGAAGCAUGUCUGCAGGGACUACACGCAGGUCUACGACUACCUUGACAAGAACAGAGCGCUGGAUGACCACUGGAUCUGAAUGAAAACCGUAGAGCGGCAGUUUGGCUGGGCCUCGUUGGUUUGUUUUGUACGCAUAGUUGUGCAUGGCGUUUAGGAGGGUAUAUCCAUCACGCAGCAGGAAACUGCGAUCCUUCGGCGAGACGAGACUAACCAUUAAAAGGCUUCGUCGAUGGUCAUAUCUUUGUACUAGCACAUUGAAUUCUGACAAUACCAUAUUCCAUGACUUGACAGGGGCAGAAAGAACGUCAUCAUAAGUAUGAUGGUAAGAUAGCUAGGUAGCUGUCUUCAUAGUGAAGG